AUGUUUAUGCCGUUACCAUUAAGUAUCGGCAAUCGUUCUCAUCAAUCAUCACUAUCCAAUGGCUUAUAUCGAACAAGUUCUUAUUCCACAUCAAAACGACAUUCACCCGAUGAUGAACAAGUUGUAGAAAAUAAAUCUCAUUACGACAUAAAACUUGGUAUAAAACGACGUUCAAUUGGUUCAUCUUCAUCUUCAUUGUCAUUCAAAAUGCAAAAACAAACAACACAUGAAACAGAUGUUGGCGUGGCUGGUCGCUUUUGUAGUGUAUGUGGAGAUAUAAGCACUGGAAUACAUUUUGGUGGUAACAGCUGUGAAAGUUGCAAAGCUUUUUUUCGUCGAUCGGUUCAAUGUCUUCGUUUUCAAAAUUAUAAAUGUUCAAAUGAAGAACAAUGUUCAGUGAAUACUUCAUCACGCAAAGUCUGUCAGUUUUGUCGCUAUGUGAAAUGUACAGCAAUUGGUAUGAAGCCGAAAUGGGUUUUGUCGGAUCAAGAACGUGAAGAAAAAUAUGGUUCGAGACGAAAACGUUUCCGUGAAAAUCAUACAAGCGAAGAAGAUCCAGAUAUUUUUAAAUUUUUAAUCAAAGAAGAAAAACUACUCAUUGAAGAUAUUGCACAUGCAUUCUAUCAAUCUCGAGCAACGUAUCCAUUAAAUUUUCCAAGUCCGUCAACACUAUUAGGAGCUUUAUCAAGUUCAUCAUCAUCGUCAUCUGAUAAUAAAAAUGCUCAAUCAGCAAAUAAUGAAAAGCCACCAAGUGCACCUGCUAAUCUUCUUAUUGUACCAAUUCAACGUCUUGUUUUGUUUGCAAGAAUGCUCAAAGAUUUUGAUUUAUUUUCUGAAGACGAUAAAGUUAGUUUACUUAAAGGUUCAGCUAUUGAAAUCAUGGUUUGUUCGUCAAAUACAUUAUUUAAUCCAAAAACUCAUACAUUUACAAAUUAUUUAUCCCGUGAUCAGCGUGCUGUUGUUGAUGAUCAAGUCUUACCAUUAGAUUCAUUACUUAUCAGAGUAUGGGGCGAAGAAACAUUUAAUCGCACAAGAAGCUUUUUAAUAUCAAUGUGUAAUUUAGAUGUUGAUGAAGUAACAUCAACACUAUUAGUGCCAGUUAUUUUAUUUUCACCUGAUCGUUUAAAUAUCAAUGAUCUCACUUUAGUUAUACGUUUACAAGAAAAAUAUGUAACACUUCUACGUAAAUAUAUGAAUUGGCGUUAUGGUAUCGAACUAACAGACACUAUUUAUCCGAAACUUUUACUUCAAAUUGUUAAUCUCCGGUCAUUAAGUUUAGCACAUGGUGAAAUUAUUCAAAAAUUUAUGACUACAUCAAGUGUUAAUCCACUUGUACAAGAAGUUACUAUUAAACCGGAAAUCUUGGCUAAGUCACAUAGAGAAAAAAUCGAUUCAUUAUCAUCGUCGCCAGUUGAUAUUCAAAUGACCGAUUUUGACAAAACUCCAUCUAAUGACACAGAAAGUAAUAAUGGUUCAGAUGAAGAUGAUUUUAUAAAGAAAAAACUUCGUUCGUCAGUCGAUGACAGUCUUGAUUAUGAAAAUGAAGAUCUAGAUGAAACAGAUCCACGUAACAUAUGGAGAAAAAAACGAAAAUUGUCGAACAACGAUCAAAUUUCAUCUGUGAUACAAACAGACAUAAAAAAAACUGAACAAACUAAUUCUAACAAAAAUCAAAUGAAAACUACUAAUGAUUGUACACAUGAUGAUAAAUAUCUACAAACGAAUCGUUUAUCUAUGAAACCGCAUGAUCAUCAAGUACCAGCUAUGAUGCCUGUACAACAUGACGAUCUAAUGGCAAUGUCUAAUAAUCGAUUUCCUAUUCCAAAUCAAUUUCAACAAUCACCAUUAAGAAAACAAUCUUUAACAAUAAAUCCUCUUCCAAUACCACAAUAUCAACAAAUCUAUCGAGCACAUUCAUCGUCAACAAAUGAUCUUUCAUCAUAUGAUUAUCAUUCACACCCAAAUCAAAUUUAUAACGCGACAAUGCUACCAGUAGGAGGACAAUUUUACGAUGAACAUACUUACGAAAAUUAUCGUCAACAUUAUGCCCGCAUGUCGGCUGCUAAUUAUCAACAACAACAAAAUGAACAACAAUUACUACUUCUUUCAUUAGCAAAUACUCAAAGUCAAACACAACCAAUUCCAUCUCUACCUAACCAUGUUGUAAAUCAUCAAUCUCAACCACCAACUUGUUUACCACCACGAUCAACACUUGAUGAAGAUGAACAACAAUUGCUCAAUGCUAUUCAUGCUCACCCAAAUAAACGUGAUCUUGUACUCAAUCUUUUACGUCAAAUGAAUCAAUCACCAUCCUUAACACCAUCAUCUAUUCAACAGCAACAACAACAACAAACGAAUCCAUAUUAUAAGCAUUAUCAAUAA